CGUUUAGUAAGAAGUCACAACACGGACAUCUUUCUUUCUUCUUCAGGGGUUCCUUUUCUCCCUUGAAGCAAACGUCAUUUUCAGUCCGUUUACUGACUGUCCAACGCCGCGCAUGGUGGCGUCGGUUCUAAAUUGUAACAUCCCACCUUCCCCCGUAAAAUUACCCAUGCUGUAUAACUGAACCUCUGGAGUGUGAACCGUAAACUGCACGCAUCGCAUACUCCCAGAAUCAAAGUUGUCGGCAGUUGUGCGUCCGCCACUGGCGGUGAAAUUUCACUAUUAGCAGGUUUUUCAUACGUUGUCGACUCAUCAGCUCCUUCGGUAAAUACUCUGAGUAAGGCGGUCUUUUACCCAUGGUGUGACGAAAUCAGCGGUGCUCGAGACCCGAAGAAACUCCAUGGUGCAUGCUCUUUGUCCUUAAGGUGCCCCUGCUGAACUGAGUCGACCCACAAAAGAAGAACGUACCACUUACCGCUCGGAGUAGGAUGAUUCAUUUGAUCCUACAGGCAACGGGAUGAAGAGAACUAGAUUGUUUAUGUAGUGGAGGACUAACCUUAUCGCGCGGUGGUCAACAUGGUUAGUUUUCCGUUGUGGGCCACGUUAUCUAGUGGCCUACGGUUCUCCUUUCGUGGUGUAUCGGUCAUGGGUAGGGCGCAUGGCAAUUGUCCUCGCGUGAUCCUGCCACCUAUAUUAUCAAGUUACGAGUCGGCUCUCAGUAACGUACAGCCCGAUGUUUCCGAGCACUGGAAAAAACAAAGAAGGAUGAGCAUUUCUUUGCUCUCUCAGAGACUGCAGGAAAAUCCUGUUUCACCCGCUCCGUCAUGUCCUGUCGGGUCUAGCCGUAGAGGCAUUGAGUUUCCCUUGUGCGGGGCGAAAGAGAUGCACCUGGGCGCCCUUCUGACUCCCGCUCAAGUGUCGAGCAAUACAUGUGCCAGUCGAAGUUUCUCGACUGAGCCUAUUUCCCAUAUGCAAGAGAAGCCGGCUACCCUGCGACUACGGGGUCUUCCUUACCGGACUACAGCAGAAGAUAUUGCAAACUUCUUUGAAGGAUACAGCCUUGCUGGACCGCCAGACGAAGCAAUCCAGCUCCACCGACGCAUGGACGGCCGACCCACGGGGUGGGCCUCGGUGUACUUUGAGUCAGAACAAGAAGCUAGACGGGCGAAGCAAGACAAACACAGAUCGUACCUCCAUGGACGGUAUAUUGAGAUUUUCAUCAACUUUGAAACAGGCGAACUGGAGUGGAUACAUCAGCCCCAAUUGAGCGAGAACGUCAACCGGAAGCACCACGGCAAAGAUAAUCGGUGACGGUCGUCUAACAAAGAUGCAGCGAAGAACGGCAAUCGUAGUGCGGAUGCAUCGAACGGUUACGUGGAGUCAAACUGCAACCAGACCUGUAAUGCUUUCCCGCCUUCUUUGUCUUCUACCGGUUGCCGGGGCAUGCUUGCUGCUUCGUCUCUUGUCGUUUAGCACCUAACUGUCAGUGUCUGAGGGUUUUUCUAUACACGCGAAGCAAGCAAGAAUUCGUAUGUUUGGUUUGCCAUGUCACAGCGAGAGGAAACUGCAAAGGCGGCGGUAGCGCUUUCUGUGACUUGGAAAAAACUAGUAACACCCUUUCUCCUGAACACUGUCCAAGAGUGCCAGGACUAGGGAACUCUCAUUUUGAAGUUUAGAGGACACACGCCCUUAGGGUACAUUGUGAGAAUCUGUGCGGAUGAGUAACUUCGCAGAUCGUAGGGGUAGGACCAAAACACAUCGAGAAGCGUUUAAGAGAGUCGGGGUCUUCGAACACUUCAUGAAGAAUGAAUUAAGCACGUCACCCCACCUGUUUGGUCCUAGAGAGACAGCAGCGUGGCCUGCAGACGUCAGCUGCCGCAGUGCGCAUUAUAUUGUUGGCUAUUUGACUGCCAGCAGUCUAAAUGUAGACUCUCCCUUCUGGGACCCCGCCGCCGGUUUUUUUCUCUUGCCUUCGCGCGUCACCCAAACUCGGUUGAGACUUUGGCUCUGUUUCCUCUCUUUGUCCAAACAUACGCCCCUUUUGUUGAUAUUGGCACCCUCCUCUCUUUGAGCAAGCGCGGCUGUUAUUUUCACCCCAUUUGAGAGCAUCUGCAGGCGAGACAACACUCUUCUCGCGGUGGAAUACUGCGUUACUUCUUUCUUGUUCGUAAGUGUUCCAAUCAAAAAGCGCAUGUGUGUCCGAUUACCAGUGAAGACGCGGCCAUCUAUUAUCUUAUCCGGAAUUUCAUGUGUCAAACGUGACCUCUUCUGCUGUAUCCAUGACCUCUAUGCACCUGCAUCUAAUAUUUCGCCUG